AUGGCGGCAGCGGUGGCUCACCUCUGCAAGGCCUGGCUCCGCGCCCUCUCCGACCCCGACUUCGGCCGUCUCCUCCGCGAGCGCAACGUGGCCCCGCUGCCCGUUGGCUUCCUGCACGACCUCGACGACGACGACGACGACGACGACGGCCUCCCGACUUUCGUCCCCACCAUCACAUCGCCCUUCUUCCCCAACAGCGUUCCCGAUCGUCGAGACUGGAAGGUGAUGGACUACAGGCACGGUCGCGGUCUGUUCAUCUCCACGCGCGACGGCGGCCUGGGGCGCAAGGAGCUUCUGAUAUGGGAUUCCAUCACCGGUGUCCAGCGGCGCUUCCCUGUGGCCCCGCAGGCCAGCGAGAGCACCUACCCGGGCGCGGCCGUGGUCUGUGCGGUACCUGGCUGCAACCACCACCCCGUCUGCAACGGGGGUGACUUCAAAGUGGCCCUCUUGUUCGCAGAUCCACCGUUUGUUGACUACUUUGAAGAUGAUCCGGAUAUAGCCGAGAUGAAGUGUUUUGUCUAUUCAUCACAGACGGAUACCUGGAUUCAGGAGUCUUCGCUCCAUGGCAUCUCCUAG